UUAUCAGUGAACUAAUUCUUGUGGCUGAUUUGAGCUGCCUGCUAACCAGUGAGCCCAGUGAAGUGGUGGGAAUAACAUCCAGAAAGUGGGUUGAAGGAGAAACCGAAGUAUUUUGGCUCCAUACCUUCUCUGAGCCCACAUUUCCUGAAGUCAUCACGCCUGCAGCAGAGGGAAAAUGGCCGAGUUAAAGUACAUCCCCGGAUUUGGGAAUGAGUGUGCCUCAGAGGACCCUCGCUGCCCAGGUGCCCUGCCAGAAGGACAGAACAAUCCUCAAGUCUGCCCUUACAAUCUGUAUGCUGAACAGCUCUCAGGAUCUGCUUUCACUUGUCCACGGAGCACAAAUAAGAGAAGUUGGCUGUAUAGAAUUCUACCUUCAGUUUGUCACAAGCCCUUUGAAUCCAUUGACCAAGGCCAUGUCACUCACAACUGGGAUGAAGUUGAUCCUGACCCUAACCAGCUUCGAUGGAAACCAUUUGAAAUUCCAAAAGCAUCUCAGAAGAAAGUGGACUUUGUGAGUGGCCUGCAUACCUUGUGUGGAGCUGGAGACAUAAGGUCUAACAAUGGACUUGCCAUCCAUAUUUUUCUCUGCAACACCUCCAUGGGGAACAGAUGCUUUUACAAUUCAGAUGGGGACUUCUUGAUUGUUCCCCAGAAAGGAAAACUUCUCAUUUACACUGAGUUUGGCAAGAUGCUUGUGCAGCCCAACGAGAUCUGCGUCAUUCAGAGAGGAAUGCGGUUCAGCAUAGAUGUCUUCGAGGAGACCAGGGGCUAUAUCCUGGAGGUCUACGGUGUCCACUUUGAGUUGCCUGACCUGGGACCAAUUGGAGCCAAUGGCUUGGCCAAUCCUCGUGAUUUUUUGAUACCCGUUGCCUGGUAUGAAGAUCGCCAAGUACCAGGUGGCUACACUGUGAUUAAUAAAUACCAGGGGAAGCUAUUUGCUGCCAAACAGAAUGUCUCCCCAUUCAAUGUCGUGGCGUGGCAUGGGAACUACACCCCCUACAAGUACAACUUGGAGAACUUCAUGGUCAUUAACUCGGUGGCCUUUGACCAUGCAGACCCAUCCAUCUUCACAGUGUUGACCGCCAAAUCUGUCCGUCCUGGAGUAGCUGUUGCUGAUUUUGUCAUCUUCCCGCCUCGAUGGGGGGUUGCUGACAAGACUUUCAGGCCUCCUUAUUACCACAGGAACUGCAUGAGUGAAUUCAUGGGACUUAUCAAAGGUCAUUAUGAGGCAAAGCAGGGUGAGUUCCUGCCAGGAGGAGGCAGCCUGCACAGCUCAAUGACCCCCCACGGGCCUGAUGCUGACUGCUUUGAGAAGGCCAGCAAAGCCAAGUUGGCACCCGAGAGGAUUGCUGAUGGCACCAUGGCAUUUAUGUUUGAAUCUUCUCUAAGUAUGGCCGUCACCAAGUGGGGGCUCAAGUCCUCUAGUUGUUUGGAUGAGAACUACUAUAAGUGCUGGGAACCUCUCAAGAGCCACUUCACCCCUGAUUCCAGGAAACCAGCAGGACCUAACUGAGACUGGAGCAUUUGCUGCCAAAAUUGAAAAUGGAUCUGUGUGGUUUUGUUUAGAAUUUCAUGCCCUCUGGUAGUAUGGGGUGGGGGGGGGUGGUUAAAAUGAGAACUCAUUUUUUCACAGUCAAGUAAUUCAGACAUUUGUCGAAAUGUAUUUGGAAAGUUC